AUGUCAUCUGUAACACCACCACCAAUUGUCUUGGAAAUAAAAUCUCAUGAUUCGAAGAGAAUCAAGGUCCUUUUGUCUCACACUGUGUCUUUGGAUGUGGAGGAUAACAUCCAUAUGUUGAAAAUAGGCAGUGUGACUGAAAAGGUCAAAGUAUCCCCAAAAUGCCUUGAUCAAAUUUGGCUCAUAAUCCAUCAAUUUUGCAUGUAUCAACAAAUCAUUACAGUGCUAAGAAAACUUCCAAAGUCUGAUGGCGUUAAUGCGACUGUCACAUUCUACAUGUUGUUAGUCAAAUAUUUCAAAGAUGUUAUCUCAGCAUUCCAUGGCAAGGCGAAGGCUGAUGCAUCAAGCUCUACCUUGAAGUGGUGUUCAGUGUAUCUCAACUAUCACAUUGCUCUUGCAUUGCAUGAUAGCUCAUUCACUGAGGAGAUGCAGAUCACAGCCCUCAAGGACAUUAAGCGCACCUGGACUCAUUUCAGGGAGAAGAAGGGAUUGAAAGCGGUUCAGCAAUUCGUAGGGAAACAAAUGCAUGAUGCAUUCUGUUCUGACAGCAACAACAUGUGCAGGGGGUCAUUUGAACAUGAGCAUUCAGAAGAUGACACCAUAUCUACCAUCAUUAAGAACACAACCACUGACGAAUCAGUGCAGGUGGUGAACAGUGAAGGUGAUGUUGACAUAGAGUUGAUGCACUCAGAAGAGACUGCAAAUACCACCAAACAACAUUCUGUGAUGUCACAGUCAUUAUCGCAGGCCUGGCAGGUUGAACAAAGAUGGAUAUCAGUGAUCGCCCAAGGGAGCAGUAAGCCAAGGAAAGAUGUCAUUGAUGUUGAUGUCAAGAGCCACACUGAUGAAGUUGCAUCUUGCUUUGAAAGCAAUGUACAUUUGAAGAAGAAUUCCAAGGGAGGACGACGAUUGCACAAACUGAGGGUGUGCAAGGUAUAUGGAAAGCAGAAGGCGCCUUCACCACCCAUUGUAAUCGAGUUGGAGGAUGAUGAGGCAGGAUCAUCCACAGGAUAUCAUUCUGAUCCUCCGACAGUUGAACUGCCAGAUGUGAACAAUUGGUCUUCACAUGGUCAAGAUGAGGAAGGGUUAGAAAACGUCCUGCUGCCAAGCCUUCACGAUGACUGGGAAUAUUGGACAAGGAUUGUAUUUGAGAAAGGAAACUUGCAUGUGUUCUUGAAUCUCGGAACCUGGAUGCUCAUUUGGUUUCGUCAGAUGAUGAACCUAAACAUGCAUGCUUUGGUUGAUGGACUUAUCAUUCUGCAAAAUCCAUGGCUGAUGGAUGAGAUCAGCAAUGAUCAUUUCUUUGAGGCCAUGGGGAUGGAGCGAUUGUACACUGCAAUUGCACACAUGGAAAUGAGUCCUCGGUACCUGUGUCAUCUAUUCCAUGCACUUGGCAAAGCCAUGAGUUGCUUGGAAGUGAGCUGCAGUAACCCACAAAUUUUGCCAUGUAACUCCCCACCAGCAGUUGAAGCACAGAUGUUAUCGGACAUGGACAUUCCAUGGCUAGCACUAAAACCCGAUGAAAUAAUGGCUCCAUGGUCAGGAUUCACAGACAUUACCGACGAUGAUGCAGAUGGAUCACUUGAUGGCAAUGAGGUUGAAGUCAUAGAUGCAUUGGAUUGCAUGAUCAUUGGAGAAGGUUCCACUUCAGACAAACCUGGAACUCAUGUGGGCAAUUCAAAAUAUCCAAAGCAGAAGAGAACAUCUUCUCAAGUGUCCCCACUGAAGAAGGAUGGUGGUAGAGGUCCUGCAAAGCGUUGCAAGAACUGUCAAGAAAUCUUGGCCCAAUCUCUGUCACCUGUCCUGUCAUCAACUGAUAUUGAUGAAUCUGGUUUCAUCAUGUCUCCAGUGGUCCCUCACUUGUCAUUGAUUUCCAAUGCCAGUAGUCCGUGGGAUGACGAAUCCGUGCUCCUGGAGGCAUGGAAUGCCAACACAGCAGAUGAUCAUCAUAAUCCUGAUGGCAAACAACAGAUGUCAAUAUUGUCAGAUGUGCAUCAUGUGAGACCAAUUCCACAGGAUGGCAAUUGUGAAGAGAUUGAGUGA